AUGGCUCUGAAGAGAAUCCAUAAGGAAUUGAAUGAUCUGGCACUGGACCUUCCAGCACAGUGUUCAGCAGGUCCUGUUGGAGAAGAUAUGUUCCACUGGCAAGUUACAAUAAUGGGGCCAAAUGACAGUCCCUAUCAGGGUGGAGUAUUUUUCUUGACAAUUCAUUUCCCAACAGAUUACCCCUUCAAACCGCCUAAGGUUGCAUUUACAAGAAUUUAUCAUCCAAAUAUUAACAGUAAUGGCAGCAUUUGUGUUGAUAUUCUAUGGUCACAGUGGCCACCGCGCCCGGCCUCCAGCACUAUUUCAAAAGCACUCUUGUCCAUCUGUUCUCUGUUGUGUGAUCCCAAUCCAGAUGAUCAUUUAGUGCCUGAGAUUGCUCAGAUCUACAAAACAGAUAGAGAAAAGUACAACAGAAUAGCUCGGGAAUUGACUCAGAAGUAUGCGAUGUAAUUAAAGAAAUUAUUGGAUAACCUCUACAAAUAAAGAUAGGGGAACUCUGAAAGAGAAAGUCCUUUUGAUUUCCGUUUGACUGCUUUCUAUAAGCCCACGCCUCAUCUUCCC